CAGAGAGGGAUUGAAGGUUUAAUUGGAAUUACAAUCUACUUUUUUUUGUUGCAUUUUUUGUUUGGAGAGGAGAAAAAUUACACUUGGAAUGAAACAUUAACAAGUCAUCUCAAUUAUUCCAUGUUUAAACCUGUUUGCAUCAGUUCGAUAAAAUGGGCCAAAAUCAAACAGCUGCUUCAAAAACUGGAAAAGCUACUGAUGAUGACAGCAGUUACGGUCUCCAGUAUUAUAGAAAGAGAAUAAUGAAUGAAGAUUCUGAAAGUAAAGACACAAAGGUUUCCCAUGCCAAGAUGAUCACUAAGGAGACGGUGGGACUUCUCGAACUGUUCCAGUAUGCAGAUAAAUGGGAUAUCAUCCUCAUGGUAAUAGGGAUUGUGUGUGCCAUUGGAAGUGGAUCAGCUGCACCCCUCAACACUGUUAUAUUUGGACAAGUGGCAGGAAUCCUUUCCACCAGUGAAAACAGCAUAAAUGCUUCAAGCAACAAUUCUGGUUGUGCAUCAAGCACUGAUUUUAAAGCACACGUCGCCAGCUUUUCCUAUAAAUAUCUUGUACUCGGCUCUAUUGCAUUGGUCUUGAGUGUUAUUCAAAUCUGGACAUUUAAUGUCUCUGGAACAAGACAGAUUAUGAGGAUUCGGCAAAAGUUUUUCAACGCUAUCCUUCAUCAGGAUAUGGCUUGGUUUGAUUCAUAUCAGAUCGGAACUCUGAAUAGUAGACUAACGGAAGACAUGAAUACCAUAUAUGAAGGACUGUCCAUUAAUGUGUGCAUAUUUGGACAAUUUCUCUCCACCGUUGUCACUGGCAUCACCAUAGGAUUUGUCAAGGGCUGGAAACUAACACUAGUGACCUUGGCAGCUGGUCUACUGCUCUUUACAUUAUUAUCACUAUGGACCAAGAGUUAA